UUCGCUCAUCGUCAACAACGUUGCCAUGGCUGGGCCGGAUGGGUUGGAGCGAAGAAGGCGGCAUGUUGGCACUCCCAUGAUAGCCGUUUUUGUUUUCUUCUAUUGUGCGAUGCUGUUGAGCUCGGUGUCAGGGGCGAGAGAGUCUAGCAAAGGGUACGAUGCAGAUCUGACGCUGUUCUCGCCGGAGGGCAGGCUCUACCAAGUGGAGUACGUCAUGCGCGCUGUGGGGCACUACGGUUGUCCAGCGGUCGGGGUGCACGGAGAAGGUUGCUGCGUCGUCGCGUGCAAGCGAGAUUUGCCGGAUGAGCUAGUGUACCCCGAUUCUGUAACCAGCAUCUUUCGGAUAACUGACGACAUCUACAGUGCGGCCACUGGAAUGACCGGCGACGUUCGGUAUCAGGUGAAGCGGGCGCGGCUUCAGGCACUAGAAUACAAGAGGCAAUACGGCAGCUCUAUGCCUUCGCGGUUGCUUGCUCUCGCGAUGGCCGACGCCGCCCAGGUGAACACUCAGCACGCGGCUCUGCGGCCGAUGGCUUGUGUCUCCUUGAUUAUCAGCGUGGAUGAUCCGACGGGACCCGCUCUGUUUCGGAUAGAACCUUCUGGGCAGGUGUUCCAAGCAUGGGGCACCGCUGUAGGCCGCGGCAGCGCAGCCUCCUCGGAUUUCUUGGAGGAGGCCCUGAAAGCAGCGGCAUCGAGGGACGGGAGAGGGAACAGCCGACAAGAGUCCACAUCGUCAGUGGGGGGCGACGAGCACCGCACUCCAGACAAAGAUUAUUUUCCAGGAGUCCCUAAUCCGUCAGUGAUGAAUGCUGAGAAGGAAGACGAUGAUGGUCAAGGCCGUACGACAAGCGAUGCACCCGCUCAUGAGAUCGUUGGGGACCGUGAAGGGGAUGAAAUUUCCGAUGAUGAUGUUGACGCCGACAACGUUGACGUCCAAGGGCCAGAUGAAGAAACUCACAGGAAGCGAGGGAGUGAGGCAGGGGGGAAGAUGACAGAGCCCUCAGAUGAAAGUACGCCGGGGGACGGCGGAGAGAUUGGGACCGGGUUCGGGGUGGUGGGGGAGAUGGAGACUGUGGAGCUGGCGUUACAAGCUUUGUCCAAGCGCUCACAGCACUAA